CUCCUACAUCAACAUUGCAUCUACUACUCCUCCCAUCAGAGCCUCCUCUUCACACUCUACAUUUGCGCACCAGUCAUGGACACUCCAGGAGCGCGGCAGGAACGUCGUGGCCACCGCAAGUCCCAGUCCUCCUCGGCCCUUGCCGCCAUGGCAGACCAGCCUCCCCCUCGUAACCGAAGCAGGAGCAGGAUUAGCACCCUCCCGCAUGUCGACCCCCUGCAGUCCGCCGACUCGCUCGCACCCGUUGUCGAUGUUCUUAGGAGUCUCCGCUCCUCGACUCGCCGACGAUUACACGCCCUCCGGCAGCUUGAGGCGACGCUUGUCGCCGCUCACUCUGGGAAUGGGAUGCCUGUUCAAGAUCUGAUCUCACUCAAAAGUCACGAACCUAUCCUUGUCUUACUGGGCCGUCACACGGCAUCUCUAGCAAAGCGCGGGGCGGGCACCUCCCUCGCCACUGGGGACGACUUGGCUCAUCAUUUGAGUCCUGAAAUCGAUGUGGCUGUCAACGUCCUUCAAGGUCUUUGCUUGCUGUCCAAGUCAUGUAAAGCUGCUGCGGGACAGAGAUGGACCAUGGAGAUGUUCGUCGACCUCAUCCUGCUACUUCGGACACAGCUCGCACCUGAGGGCAAGAAGCCGACGGUGUAUCUGCUUCUGGAUCUGUUGUUUUGCAUUCUGGUCGACGCGCCACAGAAUGCGCGAAUGUUCGAGGAGUUGUCCGGGCUCGAGGCCGUCACACGCGUGCUCCGCGGCAGCAACGUCCAGAAGGACGUCAAGAUGAAGGCAUGUGAAUUCCUCUACUUCUAUCUUCAGCCUGAAGAUGGAGCGGAGGAGUCAAAGCUGCCAGCACCUGCUGAGCCGCCUGCGUCGGCGGUGGACGUCAGCCGCUUCCAGACGCCAGAGCCGCAGUCGUUUGUUGCAGACAACGGGCGGGCGCCCAGCCGCUCUGGAACGGAGACACCUCGUGACACUGACCUCCCCUUCAUUCCUCAGACGCCACGUAAGCCGCCAAAGCCAACGCUCGGCUUCCAAACACCAUCAGCGCACCGCUUUGAGCGCGAAGUGCCUGCCAACACUAGCGGUACAUCGCUCGCCCCGGUUCCUCCAUCACCGCGCAGCAGCGACGAAGAUGAUGGGAGUCUGACGAAGCGUGACUCUGCGGCGUGGCUAGCGGCGCAGCGCAAGAUGGCCGACAGAGUCUCGAGUGCCAGCUCAGAGUUCAGCCAAGCGUCAACGGGCUCAAGCGCAUCGAGUGCAACCAUUGUGCCCACCAAGAGGGCCGGACACCGCCCGAGCAUGUCCGCGAGUGCGGUGCCGCCCUCUGCUGCGGUCUCGAGAAGCUCGUCUCGCUCCUCGCGCGCGCCUAGUUCGGGAGUAUCACGCACGUCAUCAUCCUCUGGCGGCAACGUCGCUUCGCCCGCCAAGUCCGCUAUGCCGACCUCCUCCGCCAAGCCGUCCGCUUCCUCGUCGCUGCUCUCCAAACCCAAGGCGACAACCCAGCACAGCCUCGAUACAGACCCGGCGCUCGUGGCACGUCGGGGCAGCCGACACUCCAAAUCGCCGCUCGCGCAGAGUACAACGCCGGGAGAAAUGGUCCGCCCCCCACCCGUCUCGCGGGCGCCCAGCACCGCGCCCGGUACUCCUGGCCCGUCGCGGUCGUCCUCGUCGACGCCUGCGUUCCAGCGCUCCAAGGGCUUCCCAGCUGAGCUGACGAAGGGCGCACUGCCUCCUUCAUCGCCAGCGCCACUCGCCCCGAGCCGCAGAGUCCCCUCUGGUGCUGUAGGCGAGGACGGGUGUCGUGUGCGAUCCGUCGCAGAGAAGAAGGACGAGCUCGGCAAGUGGCUUGGAAACGUUGAUCAGCUGGUCGAGGGUGUUGAGAAGGUGGGCUUUCUUGGUUCGAUCGCGUAGGCGGAUUGACGAACCAUAGAUGAACAGGGAGUUAGAGGCAAGGCGCCGAUAGACAACUUUGUACGGUGGUGGUGCUUAUGCAUGCAGGUCGCGCUGCGCUGUGCAGCAUUCA